GUGGCACCCGAUUCUCAAAGAAUCAAGCAACCCAUCCCCUGCCAGCCCUCUACCCACCCUCUGCUACCAUCCCGAGCUUCCUAUUAGACAAUCAAGUGUGUGCUAGGGGAGGGACUAGAGGAGGGGGGCGAAGUUUAAUCAUUGAACUAAGCAGCCUGGAAGUAUUUAAUCUGUAGCACCUAGUUCCCUGGAGGCCUCCAGACUGAACUGGAAGCAGGUAGUGCUCUGGAGACGUGGGAGUAAACACUGCCCCCGGAAAUCUCUGCUCAUCCCAGGAGAAACCACACUUUUGGAAAAUGUUUGCGGUACACUUGAUGGCAUUUUACUUCACCAAGCUGAAGGAGGAUCAGAUCAAGAAGGUGGACAGGUUCUUGUAUCACAUGCGGCUCUCAGAUGAGACCCUUUUGGACAUCAUGGCCCGGUUCCAGGCUGAAAUGCAGAAGGGCCUGGGGAAGGACACCAACCCCACAGCCUCAGUGAAGAUGCUGCCCACCUUUGUCAGGGCCAUUCCAGAUGGCUCAGAAAACGGGGAGUUUCUUUCCCUGGAUCUUGGAGGAUCCAAGUUUCGAGUCUUGAAGGUGCAAGUCUCAGAAGAGGGGAAACGAAAUGUGCAGAUGGAGAGUCAGUUCUACCCAACACCCAAUGAGAUUAUCCGAGGGAACGGCACGGAGCUGUUUGAAUAUGUAGCUGACUGUCUGGCAGAUUUCAUGGAGACCAAAGGGUUGAAGCAGAAGAAAUUGCCUCUUGGCCUAACCUUUUCUUUUCCCUGCAGACAGACUAAAUUAGAAGAGGGUGUCCUGCUUUCAUGGACGAAGAAGUUUAAGGCGCGGGGAGUUCAGGACACAGACAUAGUGAGCUCCCUGAGCAAUGCCAUGAGAAAACACAAGGACAUAGAUGUGGACAUCCUGGCCUUGGUCAAUGACACAGUGGGAACCAUGAUGACGUGUGCCUAUGACGAUCCCUACUGUGAAGUUGGUGUCAUCAUUGGCACGGGCACCAACGCGUGCUACAUGGAGGACAUGAGCAACAUCGACCUGGUGGAGGGCGACGAGGGCAGGAUGUGCAUCAACACUGAGUGGGGGGCCUUCGGGGACGACGGGGCCCUGGAGGACAUCCGCACCGAGUUUGACCGGGAGCUGGACCUUGGCUCUCUCAACCCCGGGAAGCAGCUGUUUGAGAAGAUGAUCAGCGGCCUAUACCUGGGCGAACUUGUCAGGCUCAUCUUGCUGAAGAUGGCCAAGACAGGCCUCCUGUUUGGCGGUGAGAAAUCCUCUGCUCUUCACAUUAAGGGCAAGAUUGAAACACGACACGUGGCUGCCAUGGAGAGGUAUAAAGAAGGUCUGGCCAAUACAAGAGAGAUCCUGACGGAUCUGGGUCUAGAGCCUUCGGAGGCCGACUGCAUCGCGGUCCAGCAUGUCUGCACCAUCGUCUCCUUCCGCUCGGCCAACCUCUGUGCAGCGGCCCUGGCAGCCAUCCUGACCCGCCUCCGGGAGAACAAGAAGCUGGUGCGGCUCCGGACCACAGUGGGCAUGGACGGCACACUCUACAAGAUCCACCCUCAAUACCCAAAACGCCUGCACAAGGUGGUGAGGAAACUGGUCCCAAACUGUGACGUCCGCUUCCUCCUGUCGGAGAGUGGCAGUGCCAAGGGGGCUGCCAUGGUGACAGCAGUGGCCUCCCGCGUGCAGGCCCAGCGGAAGCAGAUUGACAAGAUGCUGGCUUUGUUCCAGCUGACCCCGGAGCAACUUGUGGGUGUCCGGGACAAGAUGCGGGUUGAGCUGGAGUACGGGCUGAAGAAAGACACCCACCCGCUGGCCACAGUCAAGAUGCUGCCCACCUACGUCCGCGGGAUGCCAGAUGGCACAGAGAAAGGAAAGUUCCUCGCUCUGGAUCUGGGGGGGACCAACUUCCGGGUCCUCCUGGUGAAGAUCAGAAGUGGACGGAGGUCGGUGCGAAUGUACAACAAAAUCUUCGCCAUCCCCCUGGAGAUCAUGCAGGGCACCGGCGAGGAGCUGUUUGACCACAUCGUGCAAUGCAUCGCCGACUUCCUGGACUACAUGGGCCUCAAGGGAGCCCAGCUGCCUUUGGGCUUCACAUUCUCAUUUCCCUGCAGGCAGGCGAGCAUUGACAAGGGAACACUCAUUGAGUGGACCAAAGGCUUCAAGGCCACGGACUGUGAAGGGGAGGACGUGGUGGACAUGCUGAGGGAAGCCAUCAAGAGAAGAAAUGAGUUUGACCUGGACAUAGUUGCAGUUGUGAAUGACACAGUGGGGACCAUGAUGACCUGUGGCUAUGAAGACCGUAAUUGUGAGAUUGGCCUGAUUGCGGGAACAGGCAGCAAUAUGUGCUACAUGGAGGAGAUGAAGAACAUUGAACUGGUGGAAGGGAAUGAAGGGAAGAUGUGCAUUAACACAGAGUGGGGAGGAUUUGGAGAUAAUGGCUGCCUAGAUGACAUCCGGACCCAAUACGACAAGGAGGUGGAUGAGGGGUCCCUGAAUCCUGGCAAACAGAGAUACGAGAAAAUGACCAGUGGGAUGUAUCUGGGGGAGAUCGUGCGGCAGAUCCUGAUUGACCUGACCAAACAGGGUCUCCUCUUCCGUGGGCAGAUUUCAGAGCGUCUCCGGACCAGGGGCAUCUUUGAAACCAAGUUCUUGUCUCAGAUUGAAAGCGAUCGGCUGGCCCUCCUCCAGGUCAGGGGGAUCCUGCAGCAGCUUGGCCUGGACAGCACAUGUGAGGACAGCAUUGUGGUGAAGGAGGUGUGUGGAGCUGUGUCCCGGCGGGCAGCCCAGCUCUAUGGCGCUGGCCUGGCCGCCAUUGUGGAAAAAAAGAGGGAAGACCAGGGGCUUGAGCACCUGAAGAUCACCGUGGGUGUGGAUGGCACCCUGUACAAGCUGCACCCACACUUUUCUCGGAUAUUGCAGGAAACUGUAAAAGAAUUAGCUCCUCGCUGUGAUGUGAUGUUCAUGCUGUCAGAAGAUGGGAGUGGAAAAGGAGCAGCUCUGAUCACUGCUGUGGCCAAGAGGUUACAGCAGGCCCGGAAGGACAACUAGGAACCCCUUGGGUCUGGACCUACUGUGCCUUGGCUACUGACCAGCCUUUCCCUGGCAGAUGAGCUGGUCAGGGACCAACAGGCGAGCUUCUAGCGGACCUAAACCUUCUGGAUGGCCAAAAGAAAACCCCAGGCUCUUGGGUACUCUUAGCAUGUUGUUAUUGGUUUUCAAGGGUGUUAAAUGGCAUCUCUGGAGUUCCCAUUGUGGCUCAGAGGUAAUGAAUCCAACUAGUAUCCAUGAGGAUGCGAGUUCAAUCCCUGAUCUUGCUCACUGGGUUAAAGAUUCGGCAUUGACUUGAGCUGUGGUGUAUGUCGCAGACACAACUCGGAUCUGGUGUGGCUGUGGCUGUGGCUGUGGCGUAGGCUGGAAGUUGCAGCUUCAAUUAGACCCCUAGCCUGGAAACCUCCAUAUAUCAUGGGUGCAGCCUUAAAAAGAACCCCUCAAUACAUCUCUAUUUGGCAUAUUUGGACCAAAGAUUGGCGGACUUGUAAAAUUAAAUCAGGAGUUCUCUUCAUGGCUCAGCAGUUAACAAACCCAACUAGGAUCCAUGAGGUUUGAUCCCUGCCCUAGCUCAGUGGGAUAAGGAUCUGGUGGUGCCAUGAGCUGUGGUGUAGGUCACAGGCACGGCUUGGGUCCCGAGUUGUUGUGGCUGUGGUGUAGCUGUAGCUCCAAUUCAGCCCCUAGCCUAGGAACUUCCAUAUGCCUCAGGUAUGGCCCUAAAAAGAAAAAAAAAAAAAAAGAAAAGAAAAGAAAAGAAAAUCAAAGCUUUGGAUCCAAGAGAUACCCUUUCAGAAAAUUUUUCUUUUCUUUUUUUUCCUGUUUUUAUUUUAUUUUAUUAAAAAAUUUAUUAGCAAAUUUUUCAAUUGAAACUUGAGCUUUUAGUUCUCUAUGGCUUUGGUUCCUUCAACCACUGGACUUGGAAACAUAUAUACCAUCUGGCCAUGAGGCCUGGCCGUCUGCAUUCCCCACUGGGAUGCUUCAGCCAUCGCUUGUAGUAGGUUGGGCCUUCUGCUUGUGGAUGCACAAUUGAGAAGGAUAAGGACUCAACUGGAGAUUUAACUUGUCAUUAACUUGUCAUGUUGACUUCAAUCAUGGAGAGAGAAUAAAAACUUUGGAGCGUUCAGCCCCAAGAUAAAGAAGCAUUGCUUGCCAGGGAGGGCCAUAGAAAACUUUUCAUGCUUGAAGUGAGUUAAAUCAGCACCCUGUAACGUUUUGCUUCUCAAUACACAUGUGUGAUGGGGAGGGUGCUUUUGGGGGCACCUGUUAUUAUUUUACAUGUGUUUUUUUGUUGUGCUGCUUAUAGUUGUUUUAAGGACUGUUAGGUAUAUGAAAGCCAGUAAAUGAAUAAAAAAUAUUUGAUUUCCCAAGAAUCUUUGCAUGACACUUAAUAUUUCAUCUGGGAGGCUCGCUGGUAGCUUCAUGCCCUGUCAGUGGAAUAAGUGACAUGUAGACUCAGAGGCUGCUGAGAGCAUUUCUCUAGUUCAAACUUCUUACCAAAAUAUAUGGAACGUCUUCUACUGUAUCUUUAACAGAUUAUCCAAAUUUCAUUUGAAUGAGUAUUUCCUAUGACUGGGCAUUUAUCACAUUAUGCUACAGAUCUUGCUUUUGAAUAGCUGGAGUUGGCCAGAAGUGCUUUGACCUCCAGACUAACCUCUACCUCUCUGGAACUUGGCCCCUCCCACGUGCCCCAUCAGUCUCCAUUCUGUCCUCCAGAAUUAGGAGAAGAUGGCCUCUUUCUAACUAUUUUUCCCUGUGGACAUCCUCUCUCUUCCUCUCUCUUCAUCCCCUCCCAAUCCCUCACCCCAGCCCUUUCUCUGAACCACCUGUGACUUUCUACGUUGUCAUAGAGUUAUCUGUGUGCAUUUCUUAUCUGGCCUAGGACAUUGUAGAUUCUUUGUUAUAGAUAGAUAGAUAGAUAGAUAGAUAGAUAGAUAGAUAGAUAGAUAGAUAGAUAGAUAGAUUAGAUAGAUAGAUAGAUAUAGAUAGAUAGAUAGAUAUAGAUAUAUGUAAAUCUAUCUAUCUAUCUAUAUAUAUUUUUUUUGCAUUUUUUAAGGACCGUACCCGUGGCAUACAAACGUGCCCAAGCUAGGGGUCAAAUCGGAGCUACAACUGCCAGCUUACGCCACAGCCACAGCAACAUGAGAUCUGAGCUGUGUCUGCAACCUACGCCACAGCUCACAAUGCUGGAUCCUUAACCCACUGAGCAAGGCCAGGGAUUGAACCUGCGUCCUCAUGGAUAUUACUCGGGCUCAUUACUGCUGGGCCACAACAGGAACUCCUAUUAGAUACAAUUUUGUAUUUUUUGUAUUUCUCUAAUGAACCCAUCCUUGUCCCCUCUUAUUAAAUAGUUGUUGGGUCAGAGGUAUGAUUGAAAUAAAGUGUUCUAAGCAAUUUUUCUUAGAAAAAGUGGAGGCCAGUGUCAUGGGAAACAAACUGGAAAGAGUAAUAUUCCAGAUCAUCCAGGUUGAUUUAUUUUGCUGUAUGUACUUAUUCCUAGUGCUAAUUGUCACCAUUUGCUGGAGCAGAACGUUCAGACAGGAUGGAGGAGGCUGGAAGAGGGUAAGAGAGAGGCCAGCUGAGCAAGGAGCUGAGGUUCCCUAGGAAGUAUUUUUUCAUACAUUUAGGAAACAGGUAUGGAAUUGCUGUUGUAUUCUAAGGUUAUACCUCUCUGCAGAGGUGUUGUGUGGAUUCGUUAGGAUUAUUUUUUUGUAUUUUAAGGUUGUGCCUCUUUGGGGAAACAUUUCAACCUAACAGAUUUUGUCUUAGUCAACCUCAAAUCUUGUUGUCCUUGUUCUCUUUCCCCGGGUCCCAGUCUCUCUCCUAUUCCUUGGUAAGACAUCCCCAGCUCCAAGUCCCUCUCUCCUGGUUCUGCUGGGGGUCUCUCCCUUUGCCAUCCUACCUGGAUGGGUGACCUGGCCCAGAGAUUCAGGGGUUGUACUACCACAUUCUCCCACAACCUGGUCUUUCAGCACACAUCUGGCAAAUUCAAGAUCAGCUGGCCUACUUGUCUCCCAGCUUUGAUCUCUUACAAGAACGAAAAGCCCCAAGGUAUCUAGGCAACCUUGCACAUUCUGAUUGAUAGCAUCAUAGAAUCCUUGAACCAGAACGGAACUGCAGCGAAGGCAGACAUCCAUUUAGCUGUCUUUGGAGAGGCCAGCCCCUGAAACCCCUGCCCCUCCAGGGCAAUGGAAGGCUAACUUCUCCUCCAAGUUUGCUAGGCAAGACCAGCAACCACACAAGGUAAACUGUCCUUGAGCAAAUCCCACAGACUUGUCCUCUUAGGAAGGGCAUCGUCACCUACAUUUUCUACCCAUGUGGUUACUUUUUCCCAGUAACCUUUUGGCUAGAAACAGCUGAUAAAUAUAGAUUCAAGAACUAGAUUUUUUCCCCAUGACUCUGAAUCUCCAGAACAAAUGACCAUAUUCCCAUUUGUCCAUCUUCAGAAAUCUUGUUUUCUCUUCUUUCCAUUAGCUAAAACAGGCACUCCAUGAGAAUAAGGACUUGAGUCUUAUUUUUCCUGUUGUCCCCAGAGCCUAUCACAGUGGUAGCAUUGAGCAGCCAUUGGACAAUUCUCUAAAUGAAUGAAUGCUCAAACAGGCAUGUGAAUGAAUUAUUGCUCUCCUUUGAGUCACUCCAUUCUUCUGCUUCACCCAGUGGGACUGGAGCCUUAUACACAGUAGAUGAUCUGUAAACGAUAGCUCAGCGAAUGCUAAACCCUGUUCUAGGCACUGAGGACCCAACAAAAUAUAAGGCGCCAUUCCUGCUUUGUGAGAACUCACAGGCUAACAGUGAAGGAAAGACAUAUAUAUAUUCAAUACAAUGUGGAAAGCAGGCAUAAGAUCAACACAAUUUGUGUCCGUGACCUGCCUCCUUCAGAUCAGGAACUCUGUGUACAUGUACAUGUGCCCAUGCAUGUGUGUAUGUGCACCAUAAACCCCUUUGGCAAGCAUGUGAAAUCUAUAGAUUCUUUCUCCAGGUAUUUUUAAAUGCAUUAAAUACAUAGGAAGGCAAUGGUAGUGAAUUACACUUAUUAGAAUAUUAAAAUGGUCAUAUAGUAAUAGAUAUGCUUAUUUGGCAAUGCAUUCUAUAACAAGAUCCAGCAAGAACCUAAUAACAAUCAUCAUUUUCCUGAUGAGUGUAAACUGUAUUUUGAGACAUUGGUGACAAUAGCAUAUAUAUGAAAAUUUCCAUGGUUUCCACUGGGGACAAAGUCACAGGUGCUGCUAGGACUACUGUAGUUUGUUGCCCACAUUUGUAAUGAAGGAGAGGCUAAAUUUCAAUUACAGGUGAUUGAAAUAAGUUGAAAGUGUUUCCCAAAGAAGUUUAGGAACUCCUCGCUUCGAAGGUUACCCCACUUGUACCCCUGUCCCCUGCCAAGGGACCCCUGGUUAAUCAUCUCUGACCAAAAUAUCCUAAUAAAACUGGCUCUUAUUUAGGGAUAGCAUCUUAGAUGGUGGAGAGGCGGUGUGGUUUGGAUUCAGGAGAACCAGGCAUGCUUUUUAACUUUCCCAAGCUUCGGUUUCCUCCUGGGAGCAAGGAGAAUAAGCCUAACAAGAUUAUGUGAACAACACAAGAUAAAUAUGUGGACAUGUGGAUAAGCUAUAAGCUACUUGUUUAUGUGUGAGGUGCUUGUGUUAUGGUCAUGACUGUUGUUAGGAGGCCUGUCUCAUCAUUGCUAUGAUCAAUCUGAAUGUCAAUAUUAAGGUCCUUCUAAGCCUACUGUCCAGAUAUAUGGAUGGCUCAUGACUGGCAAUUUGGGCAAAGGUAUUUCUCACAACCCCUUCCUUCCACCCCUGCUGUCUUGAUUUCUCUUGCCAUUUCACAGCUGAAAUUCCUGGUGAACCAUAUUUUAUUAGAGAAAGGGACUUAAGAGAGGUUGGGUAAUAAUAGAGGAAUCUGUGGCUUGUAUUUGGGGUGAAAUAGGAGAGGCAAUUAGAAUAGAAGACUUGGAUUCUUUUCUGGUGCAUCCAGGGAAAGGAUGAAGCUGGGAAGAAAGUGAAAAUACUAAAAAUAUUCCAGUUCAUUUUCCCUAAUGGGAAAGAAAGAGAGGGAGAGUAGUUCCCAUCAUGGCUCAGCGGAAACAAAUCUGACCGGCAUCCAUGAGAAUGCAGGUUUGAUCCCUGGCCUUGCUCAGUGGGUUAAGGCUCUGGCAUUGCUGUGAGCUGUAGUGUAGGUCACAGAUGUGGCUUGGACCCCGUGUUGCUGUGGCUGUGGUGUAGGCCAGCAGCUACAGCUCCGAUUCGACACCUGGCCUGGGAACUUCCAUACGCUGCAGGUGCAGCCCUAAAAAAACAAAGAAAGAAAGAAAGAGGAAAAGAAAGAAAGUGGGAGAAAGGUAGGUUAUUGACAAUUUAGGGAAUCUGAAUGGUUUGAAGGAUUGACCUAAAGAGCAGGGAUGGACUAACAGCACAAGGGACAAUUCCAGUGUUUACCAUUCACAUCAUGGUCUAUAUGUGACCCAGUUCCUAUCAAGUCACCUCUGUGGUAGCUAGCAUGGUCCAAAGUGGCCUUUCACAAAGUACGUUAAGUUUAAUUGGGUGGUCCCAAGUGCACCAGUAUCUGGAGCCACCCUUUCCUUUACUGCUUAAAUAAAAUGGUUUAUUCCUCCAUCCCACAUACUGCACAAAGGUCUCUCCCACCCUAAUGUUUUAGCAGUUCCUGAAGAGAAAUGCUUAUAUCUUCCAGUUACUCCUCUAAUUCCUGCCUCCAGUUUGCUUCCCACUCAUCUCAAUCUCAGAAUUCCUGCAGCUGCUUCCUCUUUCUGUUUUGCCUGGUAUGUGGAACUAUCUCUUCCUCUUUGAUUCCCCAAAACACCAUUAACUCAAGGUCAGCAACUGGAAUAGGCUUAGCUGAAGGUUUGGGGAUUAUGCAAGGGGACUACGUCAGAGCCUAGAAAAUAAUUUAAAUACGAAUAUUAGAUAUCAAAGCUCUGUGCCCAUUCCUGCCCCAGAGAUUUUCUCACUGGCCAUCUUUCUCCAUAGACUCUGCUGGCUACAUGUUUUAUGGAUUCUCCCCAUCUUCUCUGGAGACUUCUUUCUCCUCCUCUCUGAAUUCUGGACUCCUCCACAAAAAUGAAAAAUUCCUAUAGUUUUAUUUUACAGAAAAAGUGCUUAUCCUAUGGUCAGUUCAUUCCUAGGGCAACCCAAGGGACCUCACCUCUCACAACCAAAAAGGCCCAUUGAGGUGUUUGAAUAAGAAGAAGGAUUUUCUCUCUAAGGGAAAUUAUUCUGCACCUGUUUUGAAUUUAAUUUUUAUUUUAUAUUGCAGCAUAGUUGAUUUAUUUGCAGUGUAGUUGGUUAUUAUAGAAUAUUGAGUUCACUGUAUGUAGAGUAGGUCCUUGUUGAUUAUCUGUUUUAUAUAUAGUAGUGGGCAUGAGUUAAUCCCAAACUCCUAAUUUAUCCCUCCCUCCCAUAUUCUUUUCUUUUAUUUAUUUUAAAAAUUUUUUAAUUUUUUGCUUUUUAGGGCCACAAACGUGGCCUAUGGAAGUUCCCAGGCUAGGGGUCAAAUCAGAGCUGCAGCUGUUGGUCUACGCCACAGCCAUAAAAACACAGGAUCCAAGCCACGUCUGUGACCUACACCACAGCUCAUGGCAGUGCCAGAUACUUAGCCCAUUGAGCAAGGCCUGGGAUCAAACCUGCAACCUCAUGGUUCCUAGUCAGAUUUGUUUUCUGCUGCGCCAAAUGGGAACUCCAUAUUCCUGAAUGUUCUGUUGUAUGGAUUUACCACAAUUUGUUUCUCAUCCACCUAUUCAUGGAUAUUUGGGCUGUUUUCCAGUUUUUGUCUAUUAAAAAUAAAGCAGCUAUCCACAGUGUUCACUGCAGUACUAUUUACAAUUGCCAAGACGUGGAAGCAAGCUAAAUGUUCAUUGACAGAGGAAUGGAUAAAGAUGUGGUACAUAUAUACAAUGGAAUAUUACUCAGCCAUAAAAAGAGUGAAAUAAUAUCAUUUGCAGAAACAUGGAUGGGUCUAGAAAUUAUCAUGCUAAAUGAAAUAAGUAAGACAGAGAAAGGCAAAUACCAUAUGGCAUCACUUAUAUGUGGAAUCUAAAAAAAAUGAUACAACUGAAUUUAUUUAUAAAACAAACAGACUAGCAGACAUAAAACAAACUUAUGGUUACCAAAGGGAAAAUGUUGGGAGAAGGGAUGUAUUUGGAGUUUGGGACUGGCGUAUACUCACUAUUGUGUAUGGAAUGGAUGGUCAAUGGGGACCUACUGUGUAGCACAGAGAACUCUACUCAGUAUUCUGAUAACCUAAAUGGGAAAAGAAUCUGAAAAGGAAUGACUAUGUGUAUAUGUAUAGUUGAAUCACUUUGCAGAACAGCAGAAAUUAACACAACACUGUAAAUCAACUGUACUUCAAUAAAAUUUUUAAAAAUUAAAAUAAAUAGAAGGCUUAACAAAUCCUCAGUUACAACACAAGAAAAAAAAUGAAGCAGCUAUGAACAUUGUAUAUGUACAAGUCUUCAUUUUUUUUUCUUUUUAUGGCUGCUGCACCUGCAGCUUAUGGAAGUUCCUGGACCAGGGGUCGAAUCAGAGCUGCAGCUGCUGCCACCACCACAGCAACAUCAGAUCCAAGCCAUAUCUGCAACCUACGCUGCAGUUUGCAGCAAUGCCAGAUCCUUGACUCACGGAGUCACAAGAGGAACUCCCUGUAUAAGUCUGUAUAUGGAUAUACACUCUUAAUUUCUCUUAGGUAAAUACUUAGAAAUGGAAUAGCUAUGUCAUUUGGUUAAAUUUUUAGGCAGAAGCCAAACUAUUUUCCAAAGUAGUCAAACCAUUUUGUUUUUUAGGUUUCACGUGUAAAUGAUCACACAGUAUUUGUAUUCCUCUGACUUAGAAUGUUGAUUUCUUAAAAGUACCUCAGUUGGAGUUCUCAUCGUGGCUCAGUGCUUAACAAACCCAAAUAGCAUCCAUGAGGACUUGGGUUUGAUCCCUGACCUUGCUCAGUGGGUUAAGGAUCCAGCAUUACCGUGAGCUGUGGUGUAGGUUGCAGACUCAGCUCAGAUCCCUUGUUGCUGUGGCUCUGGCGUAGGCCCAUGGCUACAGCUCCGAUUAGACCCCUAGCCUGGGAACCUCCAUAUGCCAUGGGUGCAGCCCUAAAAAGACAAAAAAAAAAAAAAAAGUACCUCAGUUGGCUGUCAGUCCCUUAGGACUGGUGUUAAGAGUGUAUUCUAUUGGUAACUGUAUUGGUGCUGCAUUGCAACCCUAGAUCAAUUUGUGGAGAAUGAUCUCUUUAAGCUGUUAAUUCUUCCUAGACAUUAACAUGUGAUGUCUCUUUUUUGAUUACAUUUUCUCUGAUGUUUUCCAAAAAGCUUUGUAAUUUCCUACAUGGGUCUUGCACUCUUUUUUUUUCUUAGAUUUAUUCUUAAGUAGUUUAUAGUUUUGCUGUGGUUAUAAAUUAAGUCCUUUUUUUAAAAAAAUAGUUCUUAAUUGGUUGCCAGUACAAAUAAAUGCAAUUGACUUUUAUUAUUGAUCUUAUAUCCAAUCUUUUUACUAGACUUUCUAAUACUUUUAUUAAACUUUUUAUUUUGAAAAAACUUGAAAUCUGUAGAAAACUUGCAAGAAUUUUACAAUGAACUUUCAUUCUUCCUCUACCUAAAUUCAUUCACUGAUAAUAUUUGCCAAAUUUUAUUGCCCUCUCUGUAUUUGUGUGUUUAAUAUAAUAUAAUGGAGGUUACAUUCACAUUCUGUUUUUAUAGAUUCAUUUAAGAGUAAAUUAAAGCUCCCUGGUGGCUCAGCAAGUUUAGGGUCUUGCAUUGUCACUUUGGGUAAGGUUCAAUCCUGGGAGCUUUCACAUGCUGCACACGUGGCCAAAAAAAAA